AUGCCGUCUUCUCAUUCUCAAGCAUUUCAACAGCAGCAACUGCAACAGAUGCUGCAGAAUCAAUCAUCAGUAAAAAAUUACACAUUGCCAACUGGUUUACGCCGCAUAAAUCUGGGUCUUGGUGUAACUACUCUUAUCUUAGGUAUUUGCUCUAUGGCUUUUGGUGGAGUUUCGUUUACAGCCAGGGCAGUUUAUGGAAAUAUAUCCAUUCAGAUUGCUCAGGAUAUCUAUGUAGGAUUAUCGUAUUUUCUGGCAGGAAUCUUUGCGCUUGUUGCACAUUGUAAUAGGUUAAACAAAAAAUUGUUACAUGCAAAUUAUGCUUUUGCUAUUCUUGGUUGCGUCUUUUCCAUUAGCCAGUUUUGCGUAGGAUUAAUUAGUAUCCUUGGCUAUACACCAACAUCUCGCUGGCACAACAUUGUAACUAUCGUUAUAUCCUUCGCUGGCUUCACAUUGACUUUAUCGAGUGUCAUCAUGCUCUCUGAAUAUGUAUAUUGCACAUCCUAUUCUACAGACGAUACUGCCGUUGAACCACUCGUUGAGUCAAGAAACAUAGAGUUAGAUACUGUAGCGAGUCCAUCACCAGCUAAUAUCCAACAAGGAUUAAACAAACAGGACCCGAAAAUAUUUUCACCUCAUAAUAUGGCCAUGACCACCAAUGCAGUUCAAGUAGCUACUACACAACAGGUAGCUCAUCCACAGAUUGUAUAUGCACCUCAUGCCAUGAAUACGAUGGCAGCAGCAUCGCCAACUGCAGUGCAUCAGAUUGUAAAUUUACCGCAACGUGGAAAUCUAAUGGUACAGCCUGGAUUUCAACAGUUUAUACCUAAUACUGAAGUAGUUGGCGUACCUACGAUGGCAACGGUACAACAGGUUAUUGCUUCACAAACGCCAAGUGGUCAACUUGUAAUUACUCCUAGAGAUGCAAAUACAAUGAUGCCAAAACCCAUCGAUAAUCGAUCACCUUCCCAUGGCAUAGAAGCAGUGGUGAGCAAUCCAUCUAUUGAUAUUCAACACAAUUCGCAUGAAAUGAGUACAGUGGAACCUAAAAUUGAUAUCACUUCCGAAUCAAAAGGAAGCUUUUAA